AACUGACAGCUGAUCAGCGAAUGGAAAAUAAUAACAAAAGUUUAUAAAUAAACACACCUACCAUGCACGGGGGGAAAAACUCGAUCGCGAGAAUGGGAGCAGAAAAAUGACGGAGUCUUAUUUCCGACCGAGUUCGAGCAGGAAUAGAGCUGCUCGUACGGCAAACAUUCUUCGCUAACCGUUCGCGUUGCGUGAGUGCGGUGGGAAAUAGUCGGAACGCUUGUGUGCUUUUCCCAGUCGAGAUUGGUGGUAGCUGGAAAAUUUAUCCUUGCGAGGUGUAGUGAUCAAGUGCAUGUUUUUCGGCACAGUGUAAUCGCAACAAAUUGCCCCCAUUGCUUCAGUUGAAACCAACAGCAAAGUGACGAGAUAAAAUUUCGCUCAUUUUGUGUGAACAAAAGCUUCGAAAGUGUCGGCUCAAGGCAGUUCAGGUGUCGCGUGCCGUAAGCGGCGUACGCGCUCCAUAAACCAGGAACGUACGGUCAAGAUGACCAAGGAAUCGGAGGAUUUGGAGCGGGAAAAGGAAACCCUUCGCGAGCGCAUCAUGCUUCGGGUUUACUAUGCCGCGAAGGAGGGCUUCUGCACGCAGCUGUUGGCCUUGCUGGGCGAGAUAAAGGAUGACGAGGAACGCAAUGCUAUGGUGAAUCAGGAGUUCUUCGAAGACGAGCACCAAAUCUUCACGCCCCUGAUCGUGGCGACGCUGAACGGUCACUUGGAAAUCGUUCACAUACUGCUCAAGCUGGCCACGCCCGAUCUGGACAAGGAGGGCUGCGUGAAGGUGCACGGCGAGCUAACGGACGGUGCAACGGCCCUGUGGGUGGCGUCCGCCCUUGGUCGUUUAAACAUCGUCAAGAUGCUGAUCCAGCACGGUGCCAAAGUGGAUCACUGCACCAAGAAAGGUUCGACACCUUUGCGGGCCGCUUGCUACGAGGGCCGGCUGGAUGUGGUCCAGUAUUUGGUCGACCACAACGCGAACGUGUGCACGGUUAACAUGUACAACAAUACGUGCGUGAUGAUCGCAGCGUACAAGAACUACACCGAUGUGUUGCUGUAUCUGCUCGAGAAGGGCGCUCAGGUGAACGAGCAAGCGCAGUGCGGUGCGUCGGCCCUUUACUAUGCGGCCGAAUGUGGCCACGUGGAGGUGUGCGAGAUUCUGCUCGAUUAUGGUGCACGGUUGAUGAAGAACACGUUCGGCUUGACGCCUGCGCUGGCGGCUGCCGAGAGGACACGUGAGGCGGUUGUGCAGGUGUUCCUAGCGCGACCCGGUUUACUGGCGAAGGAGGAGCGCAUCGAUGUGAUGGAAUUGCUGGGAGCAUCGUACGCGAACGACAAAGAUAAUUACAGCUUGAGUAAAGCCUUCCAAUAUCUUCUAGCGGCAAUGGAACUUAGAUUCGAAGAUCCGGACAACAUUAUUCGAAAGCCAGCGUUUGAACCGAUUCCGGCAUACGAACACUGGCUCGAGUGUCAAACGCUUCAGGACCUGCUCGCGAUCCGCUACAAUCACAACUCGCUGCACAUGGAGUCUCUCACGAUUCGGGAACGCAUUCUCGGUGACCAUUGCCCGGAGGUGGCGCAUGCUAUCAUCUACCGUGGCGCAAUCUGUGCCGAUAACGGACGCUUCGAUCGGUGCGAAAGUCUGUGGCUGCACGCGCUACGGCUCCGGCAGCGGAACGGUCUGCACGUGCAGCGCGAUCUGCUACGGUUUAUGAAGCUUUUCUCGCAAGAAUUUUUGCUCAACGAAACGGUUCGGUUCGACAGUGUGAUCGCAGUGCUCGGGGCGUGCAUCGACGAGCUGCGGUACAACCAGCAAAAGAUGGCAAGUCCUGGCCCGAAAGAUGACACGGAUGCGAUAGCGGACAAUUACGAGAUGAACAUCGUGACGGUGCUGUACCUGAUUACGAUCAUAACGAAGCUGCUGCAGCGGGAGCAGUUCGAGCGGACGGAAGCGCAACUGCUGCAGGUGUAUCAGAUGGUGUACCAGCUUAACUUGAUGAUGGUGCGAUUGCGGGACGAUCAAACGUUGCUCCAUCUGGCUGUGAACGGUGUAACGCCGGUGGAUGAAUUUGUUACCGAAGAAGUUUGCAGAUUUCCUUGUGUAGAAACCGUUAAGCUACUCCUCAAGUGUGGUGCUCCUGUUGACGUGGUCGAUAGCGAUCGAAACACACCUUUACACACACUCACUUCCACCCUGCAAACGACUGUGCUACGGAUGGCGGACAGUAACGUCAAAUCGGUUGUAAAAGAAAUAACGGAAAUUUUCAUCGAAGCCGGCAUACAUCUGGAUGCGGUGAACGCGGACGGGUUGAAAGCUUCACAAGUUUGUGUUCAAAGUUGUGUAGCAGCGUUUAUCAAAAGCUACGAAACACGUGCCAUCAAUCUGCGCUGCCUCGCGGCUCGAGCGAUCGCUCAGCAUAGAAUCCCGUACCGGAAGCUAAUACCACGCCAGCUGGAAGGGUUCGUACAGCAGCAUUGCACACCAAAGAGCUAGGCCGGCCCUGUGUCGCACGGUACAGAGCUUCAGCUGUCCUUCAUAUUCUACCAGGGAGGAAGCAGACUAGUGACCAGCGAAGGCUAUAAGUGAUAUAAUCAAAGUGUAAUCCCCGUCCUUCUUACCAUUGUGGUGCUCCGGUGUAUUGAGCAUGAGCAUGCUCGAAUGAAAAAUGUAUUGAAUUUUGAAAAGAUUUAAUAAAACUAAUACCGCGAGGAGUUGCGGAGUUGGAUAGAGAAAAGAA